AUGAGUUUCCCCGACCAUCCUGCCGAAGAAUCGUCCGCAAGCGGCGCACCAGCCGUCGUCUAUGGCUCUUCCUCCGCCCAUCCAGAUGGUCCUUCCCACUUAGCGGAUGCCACGCCGACAAAUCUUACCGAACUCGGCCCGAACACGCGUAUCACACCUGCUCGCGCACUUGCAGGCCCACUCGUGUCUUUGAACCUCGCCCUCUUCGUCCAAUUUUUGGGCGCUCAUCUUGACGAGCGCGGCAAACGCCAGGCCUUGUUCUGGUUGCUCGGCUCGAUCGGCCGGUCGUUCAUCAGUUAUGGUUCCAUCAUUGUACACCGACUACGACAGGGUAUCGAGUGUUAUGCCAAGGUCACACGGUACAUCACGCGAAGCGAUGAGGAAGCCCUGUUCCAGAUGUACAUCCUCGGGUGGCAGACUGACGCGGGUUGGCGCGAGCCAGCGGGAAAUGUGAUGUCAUACCUCAUCGUUCCAGUUACGCGCUGUAUCGCCGGGCAAUUGCAGCCCCAAUGGGGUUUCAACUACCGUGUACUGCUGCAGCGACAUGUAGUCGACAUUGUGCAAGUGGUCCGUGACGUACUGUCGAGUACCGCCCCAGAAGAAGCAGUGAUUCUGGAUGACCCGCUGAUGCACCGAUUCGCGCUUGCACACUCCUCCGUACCCGCAACUACAGCCUUUGAACCUCGCAUUGGUACGGGCGUCACGUUUGCGAUGGAGGAACGCAACGUCGUGUUGUGCGAAGGGAUGGCUAUCCCUUCUAGGUUCACGGAUGCGCUACCAUCGGUCAUUGAGUUCAGUGUUCUUUACAUGGAUCAUGCUCACCAGAAGUGCAGUACAGUCCUCACGCGCCAGUGGUCCCUGUCAGAACAGAAGAGCCACCAGAUACAACAACUGCAAGACGUAGAAGCGGCUUACACCGCAGAUACACGUCUUACCCGGUCAUGCAACGAGAUGUUCGAAAUGGAGAUUAAGGAUGGAGUAUUUCGGGGUCGGCAAUGA